GAUUAGUAAAGUUUUGCUCUCUCCUGCGGAGUGAAGUUCGGUGUUGAUCGUGCGAUUUCAAAGAAGUAAAAAAAAUUAAACGGGGAAAAAGUAAUCGAAAAUAUUUGUAAAUACUCCGGCCAAACAACUGCUGUAAAUGGUACUACAAUAAAUUGCAAAAGUUCAUCGGUGCAAGCCUUGGAUUGUAGGUGCGAUCGUCGGGUUGAGCUGAAUCAUUGUGCUGAUAUCUGCCUGUCCAUUUUGCAAUUUCUAUCGCGCUGCAAGGUGAACCGACCACGUAUAAUCAUUAAUUGUGUGUAUACAUUAUAAAACGCGAAAGAAUUCAAAGGAAGCAAAGCUGAAUUUGGUGUACACAUAUGGCGCUGGUGCUGUGCUAACAUCCAUCGAAUAGUGAGAGGUGAUAUUUUUUGUUUCAUUGUAUUUUUCGCUACGUUCGGUGCGAAAGUAAUGUGCGCGCGGUGGUGAAAAUUCGAAGCAUAAAUUUAUCGACCUGUGGAUAUGAGAUAGGAAAUGUAAAUUAAUACAAUACAGCUCUCACCGUAGUGCACCAUAUGUAGCGGACAGCGACGGGCAAAGUCCGGAAUAGGUACCAACGGGAAAACGAAAAUGAUAACUAAGUGAUUGCGAAUUGUUGAACGAAAAGGAAAUGUUUUAAUUGAGUUCACAGAAGUCUGUGUAUAUAAAUAUAUAUACACACUCCUAACUACCGAAGUGUGACUCGUCGUAGUUACCUAAUACGCGAGAUAAGAAAGAUAAGGCGAUUGGAUGCAAUAUUCCGCAGCGCGAUGAUAAUCCUGAACUUGGGGAUUUAAUGUGCUGUUAUUUGUUUUGAUGACUAACCAAAUCUAGGCAGAAACUAACGUCGCGCAUUGCCGAUUGGCGGCAUAUACAAGCAAUGGCCACUUCACCAACCUCAACCAACACUUCGAACUCGGUUUCAUUGAAUCGGCAGUCCAGUAAAAAUGCCGACUCAAUUUCGCUCUGUUCUACCACUAGUGCCUUCUCAACGUGCCCCGACCGGCAUGGUUUCUACGGAGGCAGUCAAUUCUCCGAGAAGCCAGCCAAGGAAACACUCACUCGGGAGCAGAUAAUUGCCCGCGAGAAAAAGUGGCUUCACAUGACCAACCACUGGCAGGAGUAUAUGAGCAAAAACUACAAAAAGCUCCGCGAACGGUGUCGCAAAGGUAUCCCUCAGGCGGUACGACCGCGGGCGUGGUUCUAUCUCACCGGUGCCUACCAGCUACAUCAAAAGUAUCCCAACCGAUACGACGAAUUGUUGCUGCAGCCCGGAAAUCCGCAGAUAAUCGACGAAAUCAAGAAAGACCAGCAUCGACAGUUUCCCCAUCACGAGAUGUUCAUCGACGAGGAGAAACCCGGCCAGAAGGAGCUGUUCAACGUGCUGAAGGCCUACUCGAUACACAACCCUAAAGUAGGUUACUGCCAGGCCCAAGCGCCCAUUGCUGCCUUUCUACUAAUGCAUUUGCCGAGUGAGCAAGCCUUUUGGUGCUUUGUUACUAUUUGCGAUAAAUACCUUAAGGAUUAUUUCACUCCCGGGCUGGAGAUGCUGCAGCGAGACGCCGCGAUGCUGAAUGGUCUGCUCAAGAAAACAUCCCCCUCGGUUUAUCGCCACCUGCAGAAGCACAAGGUGGACCCGCUGCUUUACAUGACCGACUGGUUCUUGUGCGCUUUGACACGCACACUUCCCUGGGACACACUGCUGCGAGUAUGGGAUUGCUUUCUGUGCGAAGGCAUCAAGAUCCUCUUCAAGGUAGCCCUUGUUAUUCUCGGAGCCAGCCUGAGCUCACACAAGGUGCGGAAACAGGCGAAUGGACUGUGCGAGACACUCGAAGUGCUCCGAUCGCCCUCUAAAAAGUACCUCGAAGCAGACUUCAUAAUGCAUCACAUUUUCCGACUGAAUAUCACCGUUGAAGAUUUCAUCCACGAGCACAAGAAGCAAGAGCUGCUCCACCGGAAGUCGAAGGUUUCAUAGAAUCGAACCGAUCGGCCGCUCACUUCUCCCGGACCGUUGAGUCACAGCAGCUGAUAGUGUCGAAACUUUGAGUCUAGUCGUUGUCAGUGAGGGGAAGGCAACUUUCUUUACAUAUCAUCAGCGCGGGCGUCGGCGGAAGAAUAACGGCUCCGGCAAUAGAAGGUUAGGUCACUAAAUCGUAAGUUGCUAUUAGGCUUUCGCAUCCAGACAAGCAAAUAAGCAUUGAAAUUAUUUUCCCCCUAUCUGAAUUGGUUACUUUUUGUGGAUUUCAAAACAAAAACAAAUAUCAAUUUCAAAUAUAGUCUCCAAACUUAUAUCGACUACAUUAAUGAAUUCGUACUAUUUUAUUGUUAGACAGUGUCAUUACGCCAUGGGAAAGCCUCCUCUUCGGUGUGGAAUAUUCUUACACCAGGUUUUGGUGCUAGACCGUUGCGAGAUUUUUUAUUUAUUUAUUCCAAAUUUUCUAAACACGUCUAUAUAAAAAUGGAUAGUAUAAAAGCGCCGCUUCCACAAAGUUGAAAAAACAUUACAGUUUUCACCACUUAUCAUGUCCACUUAUCACUAUAUUCUAAAUUUGAAGUUAUCCCGACGUAACGAUAAGUAUUUAAAUCCGACAGAGAUGCAUUCUAAACACAGAGAAAAUCGUCCGAUCUAGGAUUCUAUUUAUACGUAUUAAAAAAAACUAAAAGAUAUUUAAGAAAAAAAAACAGUUUGAGAUGAAAAAAGGCAGCGCAAAUUUAAUGUCCGUGCGGCGAAGGAAGAACAAAGUACAACUACAUUACAAAGUAUAUGCAAAAAUAGAUUCUAAGAAGACGUCUUGAAAGGAAUGUUAACAACUUGUUUGUGUAUCUAGAGCGAAAAAAUCUCCUCGAUUGCGCUACCGGCAUUCCAUGCUUCGCUUCCAAUUUUCUUUUUCUGGGUCUGCUUUAAGAAAUUCUACCACUGACCUAGAACACAUCUAGCUCUCCAAG